GAAAUUCAAGAUACAACUUCUUACAGUAUAACAUAAUGAUUUAUAAUAUGUAUAUGUUUGAUCGCCAUUGUGUAUGUAUUUAUUAUCAGGAUUGGCACAGACAUCGUAAAAGUGGUGCAGGAAGUGGCGGUGGAGGUGGCAGUAGUGCUUUUGGCACUACAAGUACAACCACCAGUAUGAAUGGUCAUAUAGACGGUGAUUCAGGCGGCUCUUCUUCUUCGCCUGCUCAUAGUUCAGCAGCAAAUCAUCUUACCAGCCAUCAUUCUACAACUUCACAGCUAACAAGUUUAACAAGUAUUUAUUCGGAAGGUCGUAUGAUUAACAUUGAAGAAGAAGCUAAAUUAGUUUAUGGUGUCGUGUUUUCUUUAAGGAAUUUCGUCAGGAAACUCAGUGGAAGUCAAGACGGGUUUGUAGCGUAUAAAACAUCGAACUAUAAGCUUCAUUAUUAUGAGACUCCAACAGGAUUGAAAUUUGUAAUGAAUACCGAUCCUAGUGUAGAAUCUCUUCGCCAAAUAUUAAGACAGAUUUAUACAAACUUUUAUGUAGAAUAUGUUGUAAAAAAUCCUUUGUCUCCCUCAGAACAUCCUGCAGGUGAGGGUGUUAAUAAUGAAUAUUUUAAGGCAGCAAUUGAUAAAUUUGUAAAAAGUUUACCUUCCUAUGAAUCUUAGAAGUUUGUUAUUGUUAAUUGCUUUAGAGAAAAUAAUGUUAUAAUCUUGGAAAAAGCCAAACCCAAUAUUUUAUUUAAUAAUAAUAGUUUUUAAUAUAUUCAUAUAAAUUGAUUUGGAAUUAAGGGAAAAGAAUUAUAUUUUAUGCUUGUAUUAGCCAUAAAUUCAUUAAUAGUUUAUAAACAUUUCAUCUUAGAAACUGUUUAAAAAAAUUUAACCGGUUAAUCCAUUAAAUAAAUAAUGCUCUUUCGACUUUUAAGUCAAAUUUCUUGCGACUU